GGAGCGCCGCGCUCAGCUCUCCGGCCCAGUCAGUCCAUGUGCCCUGCUGCCCGCAGCUACCCUCGCCACCUCGCCACCCCCCGGUUCUCCACAGCACUGCGAUGGACGGUUUUGUGGUGGAAAGCCCUGAUGUAACCUAUGGGCCAGACUUCAUCCAGGCCAAUUACAUAUAUCAGACUGCCCGGGUGAGCCGAGAGGGUGAAAUGACUAAGGUGUACCCCAGCUCCACCCGAUUCACCUUCCGUACCGAGCGCCACGUGCCCCGCCUCGGGGUCAUGCUGGUGGGCUGGGGAGGGAACAACGGCUCCACGGUGACUGCGGCGGUGCUGGCCAAUCGGCUCCAUCUCUCUUGGAUGACCAAGGCUGGCAAGAAGGAGGCAAACUAUUACGGCUCGCUGCUGCAAGCUGCCACAGUGAGCCUAGGGAGCGAUGCCAGCGGCGGGGAAGUCUACGUGCCCUUCCGAGACCUGUUACCCAUGGUGCACCCUGAUGACAUCGUGUUUGAUGGCUGGGACAUCUCCUCUCUGAACCUGGCGGAGGCGAUGCAGCGGGCCCAGGUGCUGGAUUGGCCCCUGCAGGAGCAACUCUGGUCCCACAUGGAGCGGCUGCAGCCUCGGCCCUCGGUCUACAUCCCCGAAUUCAUCGCCGCCAACCAAGAGGGUCGGGCCGACAACCUAAUCCCUGGCACCCGGGCGGAACAGCUGGAGCAGAUCCGCAAGGACAUUCGGGAGUUCCGUGCAAGCAGCGGAGUGGACAAGGUCAUUGUCCUGUGGACGGCCAACACCGAGCGUUUCUGUGAUGUGGUGCCUGGCCUCAACGACACAGCGGAGAACCUGCUGCAGACCAUCGAGCGGGGCCUGGAAGUGUCCCCGUCGACACUGUUUGCCGUGGCCAGCAUCCUGGAGGGCUGCGCCUAUCUCAACGGCUCCCCUCAAAACACCUUUGUGCCGGGGGCCGUGGAGCUGGCCCUGCAGCGCCAGGUCUUCAUCGGUGGGGAUGACUUCAAAUCCGGCCAGACCAAGAUCAAGUCUGUGUUGGUUGACUUCCUCAUCGGAGCUGGCCUCAAGACCGUGUCCAUCGUCAGCUACAAUCACCUGGGCAACAACGAUGGGCAGAACCUGUCUGCACCACAGCAGUUCCGCUCCAAGGAGAUCUCCAAGAGCAGCGUGGUGGACGACAUGGUCCGCUCCAACCCCCUCCUUUACGGCCCCAAGGAACUGCCCGACCACUGCGUGGUGAUUAAGUAUGUCCCGUAUGUGGGUGACAGUAAGCGGGCGCUGGAUGAGUACACAUCGGAGAUCAUGCUGGGUGGCACCAACACGAUCGUCCUGCACAACACCUGUGAGGACUCCCUGCUUGCCAGCCCCAUCAUUCUGGACCUGGUGAUCCUGACGGAACUCUGCCAGCGCAUCACCUUCUGUACCGACUCAGACCCCCAGUUCCAGAGCUUCCACCCAGUCCUGUCCAUCCUCAGCUUCCUGUGUAAGGCACCGCUGGUGCCUGAGGGCACCCCUGUGGUCAACGCCCUCUUCCGCCAGAGGAGCUGCAUUGAGAACAUCCUCAGGGCCUGCGUGGGGCUGCCACCGCAGAACCACAUGCUGCUGGAGCACAAGAUGGAGCGGCCGGGAAACAGUCUCAAGAGGGGCGGCUCUGUGGCUCCUGACUGCCCUGCUCCGAAGAAGAAGGGGGCUGUGGCCCCCCCCGAUGACUCGAUGCGCGAUGCCAAUGGACACGGGUGCCCCACUGCACUGCACGCCACUCCCAAAUAACACCCUGCCAGACACACGUAUACCCAGGCCCCCGUUGGUGUGUGCGGGGUGUUCCCAAUCCUAGUGGCUCCUUUUACUGCUUUGCUCCUCCUAUUCUCCCUCCCCUCUCCCCAUGCUUUCUCCUCUUACCACCAGCUUUCCCCCGUCGGGGACUGGGCGAUGUGAACCGAGCAACAUGGUUGCCAAUAAAGUGGCAUUAGAACAGUG